AAAAUUGGAUACAGAACUUUGCGCCGUUCUGCAAUUUCCUUCGGAAACUGAUCAUUCAUGCCAAUUUUGGUCCCAGCAAGUCUUUUACCCAGGCCUUUAACCAUUAUUUUAUCUUUAAAAGAGGCACAUUUGGGCGGUCAUACCUUUGGCCUCUCUGUCCGAAUCGGUGUACACGUUCAAGUUGGAUUUUGUCGAUAACUUCGCGUGGGAUCUGAAGCGCUAUGGAGAUCGGUGACAUGAUUGAGCUCAACAGAGGUCAAUUCAAACACUGGGCUCUAUACAUUGGAAAUGGAAAGGUCAUCCAGUUGGUAACUCCAGAUGGACCUUCAAAAGUAGCUUUCUGCAGUUUUAGCUCAUCCAGCGGCAGUGUUGCCUGUAAAGGCACGAUUACAAUAGAGACAUUACAGGAUGUGACAGCAGGGAAUCCUUACAAAAUCAACAACUACCUGGAUGACGAGUACAAACCAAGGAGGACUGACGUCAUUAUGGGGGAAGUGGACAAAAUGAGAGGCAGCACAAUAAAAUAUGAUGUCCUUGGACGCAACUGCGAGCAUUUUGUUACUUUCCUCCGUUAUGGCAAAUCAAAGUCCCAACAGGCAGAUGACUUCCUGAAUAAUGUGUUAGCUGGUACUGCAGGCGUGCUUGGUGUACUGACUGCUGUUGCUGCUUCUACAACUGCUGCAGCAAGCACACUUAGUAGAUAAUUUCCUGGGUCAUUCAUGAGUCCAUGGAGAAUGUCAGUAAUGCAAAAUGUUGUGUAUUGUCUAAUGAAUAAAGGACCAGGUAUCCUG